UCAAAAUUGAAAUCCCUCAUGAAGAAUUUUAAAUUUACAUGUUUUAACUGUAUUUAUAUUUAAAAUAUCUUAAUAUAAAAAUGAAUUAUUGAUAAACAAAAAAAUAGGAAAUUUUGACAAAUUGAUUUGUAAAAAAAAAUAUUCACAUGUUUCUUAAAUUAAAUAUUCCAAUGUCUGUUAAAUGGACUUGUUUGGCUCUCACUAGUGCAUUUGUUACAGUAGUGAUACUUCAUUAUAAGAGAAAAAAAUUUAACUCCAAAGUAUUAUUUUUUGAACCUAUUGGCUAUCGUCCAAAUUACUCACUGUGUCCACAGAUAAUGAAAAUUGUAAAUUGCUUGUAUUCGGCACAAAAAUCUAUAGAUGUUUGUGUUUAUACUAUCUCUAGUGAACCACUAGCUGAAGCAUUAGUAGAUGCUCAUAAACGUGGUAUUUUGGUCAGAAUAAUAGUUAGUAAUGGUAUACUAUUAAACACUAAAGAAGUUAGACUGUUUCGAAACAGCGGUAUUAAAACAAAAUACCAAAUUUAUGAUGAUGGCAGUAAAAUGCAUCACAAAUUUGCGAUAGUUGAUUCUACUCAAUUAAUACAUGGAUCUAUGAAUUGGACUCAUCAAGCUGCUUUUAAUAAUUGGGAAAGUGUUUUAAUUACAAAUUUACCUAGUAUUGUAAAUGGAUUUAAUGAAGGUUUUGAAAAAACAUGGCUUACAAUAUCUUAAGCAAUCACUAAAUAAGUACUUAUUUGUAAUAUUUUUAGUAUAUUCUAAAUUAGUUCAAAAUAAUAUUUUAUGUAUUUAAUGUUGCAAUUAUUCAUGAAUAUUAAUUUCCCAAUAUUUUGUCACCUUAAA